AUGCCAACUCAUAGCUUACCUCAUAAUACAGGCGACCUAAUUUUGGAUAACUGUGAUACUUUGGGAUUCAACCCACCAAAUUCUCGUCAAGUGCUCAGAAUUGCUUUAAAUCUAAAAUACGUUAUUGAUAAUGCUGUGCCCAUUAUUUAUGAAAUCGAUGAGAUAACCAGCGAAAAAUCUGAAAUUGUGAAUGGGAAAGUACUUGAAUUUGCUUAUCAAGCCUGUGGUGGAGAUUCAGGGAAUAAAUUAAGCUUACAGAAGUAUCAAGCAGUAUUAAUUUUUGCAUUGCUAAAUUUGGCUAAAUGGUACGACACUUUGGCUAAUCAAGAAUUAUCCAACUUUAAACUGUACCAGACCAGGUCUAUUGCUACGCAACGAUUGUGUCGAAUGGUAAUUGACAAAGAAGAAAAGCAAAGGUUGCACUUUUUGUUUAUGCAAUUAUUGCUGCGUAGGUAUGUCAUAAACGAAAAUGACAAGGAUUCUGAACCAAUGAACUCAGUAGAACUAGCGACAGACAUGCAUUAUACACUUGUAAUAGGGUCCAGUGGCUUUCAGCGAUGUCUCAAAUGGCUUUGGAGAGGUUGGAUCGUUCAGAGUAGACGUGACCCAACCAUGUUUAUAAAGGACGACAUUGUUUCUUCUCCACAUCUAUUUGAACACUUCAAUCCCAAUAGAAUUAAAACACCUAAGUACCAAAACAUUUUGCAGAUUGGUUUUGCAAUACUUUUCUUAGUAUUAUACACUGCUGUUGUUAAUGAUAAGGGAGGGGUGGAGGUAGAGCCCAUUGAUCCCUUUGAGCUUUUCUUCUAUUUAUUCACUACAGGUUAUGUUGUUGAUGAGCUAGUAAAAUUUUAUUAUAUUGGAGCUCCUUAUUUCUCAUUUUGGAACUGUUACAAUAAUACAUUGUAUGGACUUAUAAUGACAUCGAUGGUUAUAAGAUUCAUGAGCCUGAAUCCCUACAAAUUGCUCAACUAUUCACCAGAACAACUGGAUUCCAUAUCAUAUAGAAUACUGUCAUGUGCAGCACCUCUUGUCUGGUCAAGACUAUUACUAUAUCUAGAGACCGAAAGAUUCGUCGGUAUUAUGCUGGUUGUUUUGAAGCAUAUGAUGGCAGAAUCGAUAGUUUUCUUUGUUUUAUUAUUCUUAAUCAUGAUAGGCUUCUUACAGGGCUUUUUAGGGUUAGAUUCUGCCGAUGGUAAAAGGGAAAUUAGUGGGCCAAUAUUGAGUAACUUAUUAAUCACUGUUCUGGGGGAAGGUAGUUUCCAAAUGUUUGAAAAUUUUGCACCACCAUAUGCAGGUAUAUUGUAUUAUACUUAUUCCUUUAUUGUAACCGUAAUUCUACUAAACAUACUAAUUGCUUUCUAUGCAAAUGCGUAUCAAGUAGUGGUAGAUAACGCCGACGAUGAGUAUAUGGCUUUAAUGUCUCAAAAAACUUUGAGAUUUAUCAGAGCGCCUGAUGAAGACGUUUAUGUGACACCUUUAAAUCUAAUUGAAGUGCUUUUUAUACCUAUUAUGAGAUUACUGCCAAGCUCAAAAAGUUCAGAUUUGAGUUCUUUCAUUAUGACAGUACUCUAUUCCCCGAUGUUAUUGUACGUUUCAAUAAAGGAAGUUCGCCAGGCAAGAAGAAUCAAAUAUAACAGAAUAAAAAAAUUGCCAGACGAUGCCAACGAAAUUGAUACGAUAUGGGAUCUGACUGAUGGAUUUUUUGAUAGUGAAACUAGCAAUAUAUUCUCGUCUAAUACCAGUUCAGGCAUAGCUGCCACUCAGAACAGAACACAAGAGUCGUUGAGAUUACAAAGAGAAGUCGAGCAAACCGAUGAACAUUUUGCAGUACCCAAAAAAUGGUAUAAAAAAGUUCGAAAAGCUGUCAAUAAAUCUAUUGUCGAAGAAGAGCAAUCAGCUAAAGAUGUUUAUGAAGAACUCAACCAUAAAUUUGAGUCUCAAAAUAAAGCAAUAAAAGAAUUAUCUGAUAAAAUAAGUUAUCUUACUGAGUUGGUAAAAAAUCUGCAAAAUUGA